UUCGCAUUGAAAAGGGUGAGGGAUGGGAGAUACAGAAACCAGAGAGAGAUAGAGAAACGCCUUUCUCUCUCAAAAAUAAAAAUUCAAAUAAAAAAAUACAAAUAACAGUAUUUGCUAUAUUCGCGUAUACAUCUUUGUUGAUACCGGAUCCCGUUAAGCUAUAGCGCCAUGGCUACCGACACCUUCACCAACAGAAACGCCAUUUUCCGCAAGCUCAGAGCCAAGUCCGAUAAUAAGAUGUGUUUCGAUUGCAACGCGAAGAAUCCGACUUGGGCGUCGGUUACGUAUGGGAUCUUCCUGUGCAUUGAUUGUUCGGGGGUUCAUCGAAGCCUUGGCGUGCACAUCAGCUUCGUAAGGUCAACAAAUAUGGAUUCUUGGACACCUGAGCAGUUGAAGAUGAUGUUAUUUGGCGGAAAUAAUCGUGCUCAAGUUUUUUUCAAGCAGCAUGGAUGGAGUGAUGGAGGCAAGAUUGAGGCCAAAUAUACCUCAAGAGCUGCUGAGUUAUACAAGCAAUUACUUGCUAAAUAAGUUGCAAAAAACAAUGCAGAAGAGUCAGGCUUACCUUCCUCGCCUGUUGCUUCCCAGUCAUCCCAACCUUCUAAUGGAUUUUCUGAUGUAAAAGUCGCUGAAGAGUCCAAUGGAAUUCUUCAAAUGACACAUUCAAAGAAAGCCAAUCUCUAAAAAAUGGAACACCGGAGUCUUCUUCUUCUUCACCCAGGGCCUCUCAAGCAGUUGCAACAAUUUAUGUCAAGAAGACUCUUGGUGCAAAGAAAACUGGGAAGACUGGUGGACUAGGGGCGAAGAAACUCACUAGCAAGCCUAGUGAAAGCCUUUACAGUCAGAAGCCUGAAGAACCUCCUGUACAAGUUUCUUCUGCCAAAUCUUCAACCAGCAGCACUCCUGCAGUUGGUGCAUCAUUUACAUCUCGAUUUGAGUAUACUGAAAAUAGCCAACCUACUGAGCUGAGUUCUGGAGACACUCGUAUUAUUAACCAUGUAUCAGCCCCAAAGUCAUCCAAUUUCUUUGCUGAAUACGGCAUGGACAACGGCUUCCCUAAGAAAAGUAGUUCAAAUUCAUUAAAAGUCCAAGUAAGAGAAAUCUAAUUCACCAACUUAAAAGUAGAAUAUAAACUUGCUAAUUUUUUGUGGACACUGGGGCAACUGGUUAAUCGUUUCCCUACUAUCACUUUUGGUAUAAUGGACAUCGCCAAUCUCCUUAUCUGGACAAAGGGCUUAGUAGAUUCAUUCACAUAGUUUAUUCUCUUUCAGUUGUUGUCAAAUUCCUUUGCGGUCUAAAGCAUAUUUUACUUCUCA